AUGAAGUUAAUUGGAAAGCGGAUAGAGAAGGACGGAUCGGGUCGUGUCACUGUCCGCCCCGAGGAUGAUGAAGACAUGUGGCAUCUGUAUAAUAUUAUUCAGGAGGGCGAUCGGGUCCGCGCAGCAGGCAUGCGCCGCAUACAGAAUGUCUCAACCACGGGCUCUGUAGAUUCAAAGCGGAUUCGUCUCAACCUCACGCUCGCCGUCACGAGGGUCACUUGGUCUCCCUCCUCCGCUCCUGGAGCCGAAUCGGGCACUAAGAGUGGAGCGCCAAACGCAGCACCGGUCGCAACGGCAAAGGUCGAAGUUACGGGACGCGUUGCGGAGGAAAACCAGCAUGUGAAGCUUGGGGCUUUCCAUACACUCGACAUCGAAGCGAACAAGGAUGUCCGCAUAGAAAAAGAUGCGGGUGGGUGGGACAGUGUUGCCCUGGGACGAGUGGAAGAGAGCUGCGUGCCAGGACGAGGAGCGGAGGUCGCAGCCAUCGUCUGUGGUGAAGGCAGUGCCAUCUUCUGUCUACUCUCCGAGCAUAUGACCACGGUGCUACAGCGGCUAGAAGUACCUAUACCCCGCAAAAUCUCGACUCAGUCUUCCGCGCAUGAGAAGGGGUUGUCACGAUACUACCAAACCCUAUAUACCUCAUUCCUCCGGCACGUCCCAUAUGCCUCACCUUCCCUGCGCGCUAUCGUCAUUGCGUCGCCUGGAUGGACAAGAGAUGCCGUGUUUGACUCUAUCAUGGCCGAGGCGAGCCGCACCUCAAACAAGGCGCUGUUGGCUGCGCGAAACAAGUUCAUCAAGGUACAUGUUAACAGCCCACACGUACACAGUCUGGUAGAAGCCCUUAAGAGUCCAGAGAUCGCCAGUCAAAUGAAGGAGACGAAGUUCGCACGAGAAGGGAUGAUGUUGGACAAGUUCUUCAAGAUGCUUGCCACGGAUGAGAUGCGGGCAUGGUACGGUCCGGACCACGUCGCUCUCGCCGCAGAUCGGGGAGCCAUCGGCACCCUUCUAAUCUCGGACGAGCUGUUCAGAUCAAGCGAUGCUGCAACUCGCAAGAAAUACGUCAAUAUCGUCGAAGAUGUCCAACAGAAGGGUGGGAAAGUCUUGAUCUUCUCUAGUAUGCACGAGUCUGGUCGACAACUAAAUCAGCUAACCGGCAUCGCUGCCAUCCUGACCUUCCCGCUGGACAUUGAGGUCGUGGAAGCCGAGGAACGGGAAGCGAAGGAGGAGGAAGAGAGGAGGAAUGCGGAAGAGAGAGGAACGGAAACAUGAUUUGACGAUAUGUAUUGCGAUGUUACACUAUGUCCCACAACUGUAGCGGUAGUAAACAUUUACAUGCGACACUUACUACUGUAUACCUAUCUAGUUAUCCAUAAGUGCUAGUCUCAGUCUGAGAUAUCGACCCUCUCCCGAUAUGCUUUCCAUCCCUCUGCACGAUACCUCUCCGCUUGUGCUCGGACAGCCUCGACAUUGGCACCAUUGUCUUUCCCGUAAAUCCCUCGACCAACGAUGAUGACGUCGCAGCCGGACUCUACGAUUACCUCCCUGGGCGUCCGAUAUUGCUGGCCCAUGCCGUCUCCCCUUGUGUCCAGCCCCACGCCCGGAGUAAGAAUGAGUAAGUCCUCGUCUGGCGUGGACUCGCCUUCCCGUAAGCCGACGCCGUCCAUCCGUCGCUGGGCGAUGAAGCCGAUCACGAAGUCGCGAUUGGCCCGAGCCAUUCGAACCGCCUCCUCCGUGUACACUCCGGUAGCCAGGCUUCCUUUUGUGCUCAUCUCAGCGAGCAGCAGGAGCCCUCUCCCGAGUGGAAGUCCGACGGAUUUGAGGCCAGAGAUGAUGGACGGUCCGGGGACUGGAUGAGCGUUGGUUAUAUGCGACCAACUCGCGAUCUUGUGAACGCCUGCGGAGUACUGUAGGGCCACGGUAUUUCCGAUGUCUGCGAACUUCCUGUCCUCGAAGAUCAGGAAGUCAUGCUUUUGGCUAAGUUCCUUGAGGCGCUCGAUCACGGACGGCUCGAAGUCCUCAAUGAUAUCUACGUGUGUCUUCAACAGACAUACGUACGGUCCGACGGUGUCGAUAAUCCUGAAGAAAUCCUCUUGUUUGGUGACAUCCACACUAACGGAGAGGUUGGUGCGUUUGCGUUCGAUCGUCUCGAGGAGCGCCUUUGCAGCAGGGUUUGGGUGCUGGGCAGCCCUUUGCGCGUAAGUCUGCUUGGAUACAGAC